AACGCAGUUAAUUUCGUUCCUUGUUUUUUCUAGUUUCCUUAGUUCGAAACGUCCCGCGCGCUAUAAAUAUCCCAACCGAAUUGCUCUCUGGAUUCUCUCAUUUUUUACCUUUUCCGUAUUUCCAUUCCAUUUCAUAUCCAUAGAUUUUUAUUAUCAAAAUUUUCCGUUUCUUUCGGAAUUAUAAUUUUCUUUUUUGCCUUCUCCGCCAUGUCAACGGUGGGGGAGAUGGAGCAAUUGACGUCGGGAGCGAGCAAUCGGAUAAUCCCGAUCCUAAAAACCUUAAGAAUUAUUCUCAUUUUCAUUCAGUCAAUAGUCUUGUACCUCCUCCUUCUCCUCUUCCCUCGGCGCCGCCAACCUCGGACGGCGGUUGCGGCAGUUGACUCCACUGCUGAGGCGCCGCAAUCACCGGCUAAAACAGCGAGGCGGAGAUCGGUAUGGGUGCGAGAAGAGGAGGAUACCUUGAGAAGGAGAGCUUUGGCAGAGGGUUUGGACAUGGGGUUUGAAACAGGGGAUGGAGAGAUUAGCUGCCGCUGGAGCACGUCUCUGUUCUUUGGGGUUCGAAGAAAUGCCUUGUUUUGCCGGUCUUGGUUUCCCGCUACCGGUGAAUUGAGGGGCAUUUUAAUAAUUAUUCACGGGCUGAAUGAGCACAGUGGAAGAUAUGCUCAAUUUGCAAAGCAACUAACCUCUUGUCACUUUGGUGCUUACGCGAUGGACUGGAUAGGUCACGGUGGUAGUGAUGGAUUGCACGGAUACGUUCCUUCACUUGAUCAUGUUGUUGCAGACACUGGGGCUCUCUUGGAAAAGAUCAAAUCAGAGAACCCGGGUGUACCUUGCUUCCUUUUUGGUCACUCUACUGGUGGAGCUGUUGUUUUGAAGGCAGCUUCAUAUCCUCAUAUUGAAGAAAUGCUGGAGGGAAUUGUUCUGACAUCUCCAGCUUUGCGCGUUAAGCCAACACAUCCAAUUGUCGGAGCUAUUGCUCCUCUUUUUUCCCUGGUUGCUCCAAAGCUGCAGUUUAAAGGUGCAAACAAGAGAGGCAUCCCAGUUUCAAGGGACCCCGCAGCACUGUUGGCCAAGUACUCUGAUCCCUUGGUCUACACUGGUCCAAUAAGGGUCCGAACAGGGCAUGAGAUAUUGCAAAUUUCAUCCUUCUUGAUGCAAAACUUGAAGUCUGUGACAGUCCCAUUCUUUGUUCUCCAUGGAACUGCAGACAAAGUCACUGAUCCACUCGCCUCCAAGGAUUUGUACAACGAGGCGGCCUCCAAGUUCAAAGACAUAAAGCUUUAUGAGGGCUUCUUGCACGACCUUCUCUUUGAACCCGAGCAUGAAGAGAUUGGGCAGGAUAUAAUCGACUGGAUGGAGAAGAGAUUAGGCGCCAGAGCUGAAAGGAUGGAUCGUCUUUGGUAAAUGAUCUUGCAGGAUAUAUUAAGUGUUUUUCUUUUUACCUAAAAUUAGAUCACCGGUUUAAAAGCACAAGUAGAUGUGUAAGUUGAAAGCUCAUCUACAUGUACGUUUGCAUCUCUGAUUUAUAGUGAAAUUUGUAACCAUAUAUAAAUAUUAUAUAUAGGGGUUUGUGUUUAAAAUA